AUGCGUACGUUGGCGCGGCGCGGACUACGCGCCGGCGCGGCGUCGCCGGCGUUUGAUGUCACACGCCUGCGUGUCGCGUUACACCGAGCCCUCCUUGCACCACACAACGUGUACGUGGAGCUGGACGCAGCGGGCGGGCUGUGCGCUCGCGGCGGCGCGGAGGCUGCGGCCGUGAGCGCGCGCCUCGCGCCCGCCGCGCCGCACGCCCAGCUGCUGCUGUGCGCGCAGCACGCCGCCGCGCAGCUCGCCAGCAAGCACGACAGCACGCAGCACGCCCAGCUGCGCCUGCGCCUGGCCACCGAUGCGGCGCCGCUGCACGAGCUGCAGCUGUGGUUCGACGACGCCGCGCUGGCGCUACUGCACAUGCCAUUCCUCUCCUUGAAGAACAUUCAAGGUAAAAAUAAUUACGUGUGCCACGACUGCGGCGUCGAAUUCGAGCAACCGAAUACGUUGAAGGUGCACCUGUUCCUAUCGUGUAGAGAGUAUUCUCUCGCUACUUUCUGGGAGACGUGCAUCGAGCGUUUAAAGUGGGCGGAAACGGGCCGGAGUUCCGCGUUCCAGCCAUACGGCGCGUCCGCGACGGCUUGGCCAUCGCUGCCACUAUUGCCACUGCUACCACUGGCAGCCGAAGCCGCGGAGGCUGCGGAGGCGCUCGCGGCGGCGUGGGGACGAUCCCGCGGCGGCCACGCCUGCCUGUACUGCGGCAAGCUGUACUCGCGCAAGUACGGCCUCAAGAUACACAUCCGCACGCACACGGGCUACAAGCCGCUGCGGUGCCGACACUGCUUGCGCGCGUUCGGUGACCCCUCCAACCUCAACAAGCACGUGCGGCUGCACGGCGCGGAGGGGGAGGCGGAGGGGGGGCGCACUCCUGCCCGCGCUGCGGCCGCACGCUGGCGCGGCGCCGCGACCUCGAGCGACACCUGCGCGCCGCACACAACCACCACGCACCCCUCCCCGCCCCCACACCCGCACCACCACCACCACAUGCACCCGCACUCUCCUGACCAACCGACUACUACGGCCCAUGGACAUGGCACAAGCCCCAAGCACAUUUCAAACAGUCGCAUCCACAGUUGCGUUGUCACCCCUGCGAACAUAGGCGUAGCUAGAUGA